AUGACAGAUGCCUGUGGUGGAGGAGAACAUGCUGCAGCCCCCACUUCCAGCCUGGAUGCCUCCGACCCGGAGCUGCACUAUGAGGAGGAGGAGGAGGAGGAGGAGGAGGAGUUGGAACCCUCGGACACCAGCAGCAUCUUCUCCGAUGACUCUGUCUACCCUUGCUACGAGCCCUCCCUGGGGGGUGGCAGCGCUGGGGACCUCAGCCUCUACCAGUGCUGUGCCAGGAAUGAUGCCAAGCUGGUGCAGGAGAGGCUGGAGCGUGGGGUGACCUGGAGUGAGGCCGCGGAGCUGGACAUCAACGGGCGGAACGGGCUGAUGGUCGCUUGCUACAAGGGCUUCGUGGACAUCGUGCCGCUGCUGCAAAAGUGCCCCUACAUAAAUGUCAACCAGCAGGACAAGGACGGGAACACGGCCCUCAUGAUGGCAGCCCAGGCAGGACACAUCACCAUCGUCAACUACCUCCUCAACUACUACCCCGCGCUCGAGGUGGACAAGCGGGACCCCCGAGGCCUGACGGCGCUGAUGAAGGCUGCGGUGCAGGGGCAGCAGGACUGCGUGGCCACCCUGCUCCUGGCUGGAGCAGACCUGCAUAUGAUGGAUCCUGUCAAGGGGAAGACAGCCAGGGAGUGGGCAGCCUUCACCGGACGCUUCGAGACGAUCGUGCGGAUCCGGAGCCUCCUGCGGCGCCCACGGGCAGAGCAGUUCAGCACACAGUACCAGCCCGAGUGGCCGGCCCUGGCUGAGCUGGUGGCCAAGGCCCUGAGCCCCAAAUCCAGGAGUAAGAGGCUGAUGGAGAAGAUCCGAUCCAUGUGCACCUUCAACUUCCCCCAUGACCCUGAGGAGGAUGGUGUGAUGGACCACAUGGUGAGGAUGACCACCUCCCUCGCUAGCCCCUUCGUGGCUACCGCUUGCCAAACCAUCUGCCCGGAGAGCCCUCCCGAGGUGGGCAAGCGCAGGCUGUCCGUGCCAGAGAUCCUUGGGCAGCACGUGCCGGAUCCGGAUGCUGCGCCUGAACCCACCCCAUGCCCUGGCACCGGUGCAUCCUCUUGCAAUGGCCAAGCUGUGUCAGAGAUCCGUCUCCUGUCGCCACGCCGGCCCGCCGGUGGCUUCCUGAGCUUCCUGCCCCUGCGGCUGUGGAGCAGGAACAUCAUCUUCCCCGGAGAGCCCAUCCCAAAAAUCAAAGUCAACAAAGCCUCCUACCUGCCUGCCUGCUCGAGGGAGCGGAGGCAGCACAGGGAGGACAAGAACCUGCUGCAGCUGCCCAAGUGGAGGUACAAGGAGCUCAGGGAGGAGAAGAGAGCAUCUGAGGAGGCGAAGAGCAAGGAGAAAAAGAAGAAAGGGGGGAAGAAACGCUAA